AUGGGCAACAAUGUAAUCCCCCUCGGUCGCGAGCUCGACCGAGUCCGAAGACGUGCUCUAGCCGAGACAUGGUUUGGGGGUCCAAAGCGACUGUUGUCGGACAAGACACUGCCGUCAUGGACCUCCUUCAAUCCAACUGCUCUAAGGGAUCAGGACAGCCUCGACAGGCCUUCCGAAGGUCUCCCGCUACUCUAG